AUGGUUGAAGAUCAGCGUGUCUGUAAUGAAUCAGCAGAGCUGGAUGGACAGACUGUGACCUCUUAUGCUUUAAAUAUUGUUGCCGUUUCUUUGUCAAUUCUGAUAAUAUAUGGAAAUCUUCUUGUGAUCAUCUCUGUCGUUUACUUCAAGCAGCUCCACACUCCAACAAACUACCUCAUCCUCUCUCUGGCUGUGACUGACCUGCUUCUUGGCAGUUUAGUUUUACCUUUCAGCACAAUAUUGUCUCUGAGCUCAUGCUGGAAUUCAAGUUAUUUGCUGUGUAAAAUGAGAGAUAUGUUUGAUAUUUUACUAUGUACAUCAUCCAUUUUAAACUUGUGCUGUAUAUCCAUUGACAGAUAUUAUGCAGUGUGUCAUCCACUAGCAUAUAGAAGUAAAGUGAAUGCUUGUGUUACUGUGACCAUGAUCCUGGUGAGUUGGACUCUAUCAGCUCUACUUGCUAUAAGCAUCACAGUCCGUGGGAUAGAUAAAGUGAAUCCCACCUGGAGGUGCAGGAUAUUUAUAGCUACAAAGGAAUCAAGCCCUGGACCAAUUUUUACAUUUUACAUUCCAACUGUUAUAAUUUUAACUAUCUAUUUUAAGAUUUUGAUGGUGGCGAAGAAGCAGGCAAGACAAAUCCAGAACACUCUGAAAUCUGAAGCAGCUUUCAGUAAAACGGAGAAAAAGGCCAACAUAACUCUGGCUAUAGUGAUGGGAGUCUUCCUCAUGUGUUGGACUCCGUACUUUCUAUCCAAAGGUUUUUACAGUAUGGGAAUAGUCACAAUACCAGUUGCAGCCAUUGAAGGAUUUAAAUGGUUAGGAUGGUCCAAUUCUAUGUUAAAUCCUCUGGUUUAUGCUUUUUUCUACAGGUGGUUCAGACGAGCUUUUACUAUGAUCAUUUCUGGUCAAAUAUUUCAAGGAGAUUUUUCCAAUGUGAAAUUGUUGUGA